AUGGGAGAGGGGACAGAUAAGAAGUUAUCUUCUGUGGUCACCUCUCCUUGUGAUCCACUGGAAAUCAUGGAUGACAGCGAACUUAUAGGCAGCAUGGAAAAUAGUAAUAAAUUGUUCAUAUCAACAAAUUCUUGUGAAUCUGCAGAAUAUAAGAAUAGUGAACUAGUUGGAAAAGAAAUUGAAAGCUUCGAGAUUAGUGGGGGUUCUUUGGAAAUCAAACCUUUGGGGAUUGAAGAUAAUUUGGAGUUAUGUGGGGAUGUUAAAACUAUGGGAGGGUCAAGUUUGCAAUCUGGUAUAGAAACCGGUGGAGCUGAGAUUAUAAGAUGUUCGGAUGAAAGUGAGACGUCGUCAAAGUACGAGCAUUCAGAUGGCGAGGACUCGAUGUUUGGAGGAAGCACUAAUGAUGAGAAGAACUUUAAUUUUUAUUAUAGAAGAGAGGUACAGGGCUCUCAUGAAGAAAAUGACAAGAAUGAAAAUAAGUUGGUUAUGAGUUCCGCAGUGGCGUUUGGUUCAGAUGAUUGGGAUGAUUUCAUGCAGGAAAAUGGAGAGUUUACUCUCUCUUCAAUGGUGCAUGAAGAAUUUCAACCUGAAAACUCGCCUAAUAUUAGAAGUGAAAAUGGAUGUUUGAAUACUGCUAGUACUGCCAUCGUUGAGUGUUCUAGUGUUGGUUUAGGAAUGCCUAAAGAAGAUGACCUUCCAAGUAAUCACAUCCAAGCUGGUGAUGAAUUAACCAACUACCCUACUACCUGUUCUGUCGACCCUUCGAGUCCUUUGAACAAUGGUAAAUCUGAGCAUGUCGAAAACGACAAAGCCAUGCUUAUUACAAACAAUCAAAUCCAACACAUUAAUGAAUCAGCAAAGUUCCUUGAGCAGUCUUCUGCUUCCAAAUUGUUUAAACAGGACAAAAGUCCGGAUGUACAGCUAGAAGAAGUUCCUAUGAAAGAGGAUCUAAAAAUUGAACAUGAUGAAUGGGAAGUGAAACAUCAAGAUGCCUAUAAUGAGGAAGUAAUUCAUGUCCGUGAUGGUCUUGUUUCCAAAAAAGUGGAGCUAAAUCACAAAAGCUUAUUCUUGGACCAUCUAUCUCAUCUUGAUAAAAACGAAUAUCAUUCAUCUGCAGAACCUUUUAAAGAUGUGAAGUUAGAACUAUCCGCAGACCAAAGCUCAUCUACAUCAUUAGCAUCAGUGGCUAAUGAUCAUACAAAUGCUAAAAGUACUUCCCUUUCAGUUGGCUGCUCUGAAGAUCAUCUUGUAUCUACUAAGACACAAAAUCUCGAGUUAAAUGAAUUAUAUGACGAGCUUGUUCAUGAUAUGGAAGAGAUAUUACUUGAAUCUAGUGAAUCUCUUGGAUACAAUUUUGGUAACAAGAUUUAUCAAUCAUAUAUACCACUUCCUUCAAGAGAUGGAGGUUCUACUGCUUCUACUUCUGUUACUCAUGACGCUUAUGCUGUAAUUCAACACCCUCUGAGAUUUGACAGGGUGGAGGUCAUUGGUGCAAGACAGAAGAAAGGGGAUGUUUCACUUAGUGAGAGGUUAGUUGGAGUAAGAGAAUAUACUGUAUACAGAAUAAGAGUGUGGAGUGGCGAGGAUAAUUGGGAGGUUGAAAAACGAUAUCGUGAUUUUUCUGCUCUCUAUCGGCGGUUGAAGAAAUUAUUUGCAGAUCAGGGCAGGAUUCUUCCUCCUGUCUGGUCCUCUGUUGAACAAGAAUCACAGAAGAUUUUCAGAAGUGCUUCUCCAGAUGUUAUUGCUGAUCGAAGUGUUCUUAUUCAAGAGUGUUUAAAUUCCUUUCUCCAGUCAAGGUUUCCUACAGGUGCCCUCAAUGCUGUAUUUUGUUUCUUAUCUCUGUCUAAGGAUCUUCCCAGUUCUCCAACUCGUGAUACAAAUGUACUUCAGUCUCCAUCUACUUCAAGAAGCAGAAUCAGAGAGAAUGGUUCCAGCUUGGGAAAGACUAUUUCCCUCAUUGUAAAUAAAAGGCCUUAUAAAUCGCAUAAACAGUUACUAGAUGAACAACACUAUUCUUGUGCUGGUUGCUACAAAAAUUUUGAUGAUGGGAAGACUCGAAUACAGGAACUUGUGCAGACUCUGGGGUGGGGAAAACCUCGGUUUUGUGAAUAUAGUGGUCAUUUGUACUGCUCUUCAUGCCAUACAAAUGAUAUGGCCAUCUUGCCUGCAAGGAUUCUGCAUCUUUGGGACUUUAAUCAAUACCCAGUUUCUCAGCUGGCUAAAUCUUAUCUGGACUCCAUACACGACCAGCCAAUGCUUUGUGUCAGUGCCGUCAAUCCUUUGCUGUUCUCGAAGGUCCCUGCUCUGCAGCAUGUCACCGAUAUCAGAAAAAGGAUAGGAACUAUGCUUCCAUUUGUUCGUUGCCCUUUCCGGAGGUCCAUCUACAAGGGAGUCGGAUCUAGAAGAUAUCUUCUUGAGAGCAAUGACUUCUUUUCUCUUAGGGAUCUCGUCGAUCUUUCCAAGGGAGUCUUUGCAGCUUUACCAGUUAUGGUCGAGACUAUAUCAAGAAAAAUUCUGGAGCAUAUAGCUGAGCAGUGCCUUAUAUGUUGUGAUGUGGGUAUCCCCUGUAAUGCUCGGCAAGCUUGUGAUGACCCUUCUUCCCUCAUUUUUCCUUUCCAGGAAGGAGAAAUUGAAAGAUGCAAGUCUUGUCAAUCAGUUUUUCACAGGCAUUGCUUUAAGAGGAUAUCAAGUUGCCCUUGUGGUACUCAAUUUAAGCCGGAGCAAGAGGGCAAUACAAAUAGGGGCAGCCCGAGCGACAACAGUGUGAAGGAUCUUUCCUUGGACAUGCCAGGAAAGAGAGCAGACUUCAGUAUGAGGCUUUUUUCUGGAUUAUUCUCGAAGGUAAGGUCACUGAAGUCUAGCGAGGGUGGAGAACAGCGGCCUGAAGAUAAGAACACUGUUAUUGUAAUGGGUACACUGCCAAUGACCAACCUCUGAAUGCCUGUACAUAUGUAGAGCUUUGUUUUUAAGGUUCCAAGAAAUCAUGUGAAUUGAAGCUUGUACCUCAGUUAAGAUCCGUAAGAGUUUCCCUUCUCUCUCUCUCUCUCUCUCUCUCUCUCUCUCUCUCUCUCUCAUAUUUGGUCCUUUUGUAUUUUCCUCCAUUCGACAUGUAUUAUUUUGUAGUAAUGUUUCAGAAACAAGGUUGAUUUUUUUUUUUUUUAAUCUCCCUCACUCCCCCAUGAUCACUUUAGUUUGUAUGAAUUUGAAGAGUGCAACUUGUCCUAUUUAUAUAUAUGACUGUCUUUACUGUAUCCAGUGAGGAACUUUUUGUUCUAUAUGACUAUCUUUACUGUAUCCAGUGAGGAACUUUUUGUUC